CUUUGACCGACGGGCGGCGGCGGCGGGGCGUGGAAGAAAAGAAAAGAAGAAAUGGGGUCAAAUUGAAAAUUUUAAAAUAUAUAAAAUUCGAAUUUGGCCCUAAUGACCGGAAGUUAACCUAGAAACGGGCUAAUGGCUCAUUAGUGAAAGGAUUGUGUAAGUUCAGGGAUUUUUGUGAAAAGAUUUGAAGUUCAGGUACCAUUUGUGAAAUUUACCCAUUUCUUUCCAUUUUCUCUUUCUCGUUAUUUUCUCUUAAUCCAAAAGAAAGGGCUAUGCAGCGUAGUCCAAGAAAGCCUUAUCCUCAGCUUAGACUACUUUUUGAGUUUUGAAGGACUCAUUUCUGACAGUGAGGUAGAGAAGGGAGAGGGUGCGUGCGUUUGUCUGAGACCUGCCAUCACAUAUACACAGCACUCGUUCACACUUUCCUCUUUUCUCUCAGCAGCCACCCCAAUGGUCUGAUUUCCGGCAAUUCCCCGCCGUCCUCCCCGCCUCUGGUUUCCGAUCCGGGCUGAUCAACCAUGGAAGAUUCUGAUUCUAUUGAGAUACUCAUGCAUUCAACAGCCUCAAAGAUACAGCAACUGCAGAAAGCGUUUGCUGAGCUUGAAAGUCAUCGCACAAUUACUCUCAACAUGAAAUGGGAACAACUUGAAGAACAUUUUCAUGGGCUUGAACAGUCCUUGAAAAGACGUUUCACUGAGUUGGAAGAACAAGGGAAGCAGUUUGAAACAAAAAUAGUUCAAGCUAAAGAUAUGCUGGAGGAACGUGAAGCUGCAGUUGCGGCUAAAGAGAGAGCUUCACUUGAAAGGCUCCAAGAGAAAAGAGAUUCUGUAAUUUCUUCCAUUUCCAUUGCUCUAGAAGGAAAGUGUCAGAAGCCUUUCUCUGUGGAAUCUACUGUUAGUAUUGAGGAUGAAGAUGAGUCAUCCAUUAUGGAAGCAAAUCAUAUUAAUGUCACAGAAAGUAACACAGAGGAUAAUGGACAGUUUUAUGUGAAUGGAAACAUUGAGGUUAAGUCUUAUCCAGAAUUAAUUAAUUUAUGUCAAAAGAUGGAUUCAGAUGGCAUCCACAAAUUUAUAUCAGAUAAUCGCAAGGAUUUGGCUGCUGUGAGAGCGGAGAUACCUUUUGCUCUAAAGGCUGCAGCUGAUCCAGCAUCUUUGAUUUUGGACUCCCUCAAGGGCUUCUACAACUCAGAACUAUUAAAUUUUGAUGCAAAAAAAGAUGCGAUCAUUUUAGGUAUUCGUCGGACAUGUAUAAUGUUGAUGGAGUGCCUUAGCAUUUUACUGUCAACAAUGAAAGUGGAGUAUAUUCCGAGAGUUAUCUCAGAAAGUGUUAAGGCUCGAGCUAAAGCUAUUGCUAAAGAAUGGAAACCGAAGUUGGAUGGUUUGGAUGUUGAUGUGAAUCAUGGGAACUCCUUGGAGGCUCAUGCAUUCUUACAACUUCUAGCUACGUUUGAUAUUACCUCAGAUUAUGACAUGGAUGGUUUAACCAAGUUGAUACCCAUGGUUUCCCGUCGUCGUCAAAUAGCUGAUUUAUGUCGUUCUCUUGGACUUUCGGAUAAAAUGCCAGGUGUUAUCAAUCUGUUGGUAAAUAACGGGAAGCAAAUCGAUGCUGUUAAUCUAGCUUUUGCAUUUGAGCUGACAGAGCUGUUUCCCCCGGUUCCUCUACUGAAAUCUUAUUUGAAUGAGGCAAGCAAGGUUCCUUCUCCAGGAAAAUCUGGGGUUCCCUCACUCACUGCACAGAACAAUUUAAACGAGAGGGAGUUGAAUGCACUGAAGACAGUAAUUAGAUGUGUUGAGGAUCAUAAGCUUGAGGAGCAAUAUCCUCUGGAUGCCCUUCAAAAACGAGUUCUUCACAUGGAGAAAGCCAAGGCAGACAAGAAAAGGGCAACUGAAGUUCCAAAACCACAACCUAAAAGACCUCGCGCUAAUGGGGUCGGACAUUGUGCCCGAGUCACUAAUGUUUCCCCUGACAAGAACUUCUAUGCUAGAACGGACAGGUACCCACAAUACUUGUAUGCUUACACCGGUCCUACGGAUACCCAUAUCCCUGCAUUCUUAGGUACACCCUACAAUCUCUCUGGGCCUGUCAACUUCUUUGGAAAUGGCUACCAUUACCAGGCAGCUUACCUGCACUAAUACUACUAAAGUGCUGUACUUGUUAGUCAUUAACCCUCUGAGUGUUUAAUUUGAACCUUAUGAACAGUUUUUAUUCAUGAAAACGCUCGACAUUGUAAUUUAUAGUCUUCUGUAAAAGCUAAUGCGCGCUGUAAUGUUUUAAUAUGGCACAAUGCUUCAUGUUUAUGUUUCUGUCUCAUUAUGUUCUCUCUAUGCACUAUUUUCUUUUCUUUUGUUCUGCUAAGAGAUUGAAGAAUUUUUCAAUGUUUGAGUCAUAUAGAUAUACAUAAAUCACCCCUUUAACAUUAAGAAUGAUUUGUGCAUUUGCUUUGAUUACUUCACAAUAAGAAAUGAAAACUGUACAU